AACAGCUUCAAACCGGUUUCCAAUCCAGGCAACAAAAGCGGUACCUAGAGGAGCUUGAGCUCACAUUUGCUAUUUAACUGUAGAGGAAGUCUCUUACCCAUAAGGGUUAACGGUCUACUUGAAGAAAUGACAUGUUGUCUACUUUUAUCCGUUUUGUUUUAAUUUCAUAUAAAAUACUAUGAUAUCAUCCUUCAUGUCGACUCACCUUGCCAACUUUGCGCUAACUUGAUCGACAGCUUUGCAGGUGUCUGUAAUUGCCGUGGAAACCUUGUUAAGACCUUCGAUCCUAACAGGCAGGAUGAGUCCACAGAGCUCCACAAAAGCACUGGAUGGGGGCUGGGGAUGGGUCAUUGUUGUGGUGUCAUUCAUGGCUCAGUUUCUUGCCUAUGGCUCCCCCCAGUCCGUGGGAGUCCUCUAUCCAGAGUGGCUAGAGGCAUUCCAGGAGGGCAAGGGAAUGACUGCAUGGGUUGGGUCUCUGGUGUCUGGUGUUGGAUUGAUUGCAAGUCCCAUCUGCAGUGCUUGUGUGAUGAACUUUGGUGCCAGACCGGUCACAAUCUUCAGUGGAGUUAUGGUGGCUGGAGGUCUCAUGCUUAGCGCUUUCGCCCCCAACGUCGAGUUCCUUAUCUUCUCCUAUGGAAUCGUUGUUGGGCUGGGCCUUGGGCUGGUUUAUGCUGCCACGGUGACCAUCACCUGCCAGUACUUCGACAAGCGACGCGGCCUCGCGCUUGGAAUCGUGACAACAGGAACCAGCGUGGGAGGAUUCAUUUAUGCCACAGGACAAAAUGAGCUCAUCGAGCUUUUUGGGAUAGAUGGGUGUUUGCUGAUCAUCGGAGCCCUCUCCCUGAACGUCAUCGCCUGCGCUGGGCCCAUGAGGCCGCUACAGCAGCCCGGCUACUACCUCAAGCAGAAGGCGGCGUACGAGAAGGCCGAGGAGCAGCUCUUCCCCCCGUCCGAGAAGCUCGCCGUUGCCAAGGACUCCAUCAAGACCGCCCCCGGCACGGCCGAGAAGGGCGCCGCCGCCAACGACCUGCUGAUUACCAUGGAAACCAAAGACUCGCUGGCCUACGAGAAGAGCUUCCUGAGCGGCCUGGCGCUGGUCAAGAUCAUCAAGGAGAAGCAGAAGGCCUACUCCACGUACUUCCACUCCACGGCCGAGUUCCUGCACGACCGCGUCUUCGUCUCCUUCUGCGUCACCCUCUUCCUGUUCAGCCUGGGGGCCUUCCCGCCCGUGCUCUUCAUGGAGGACGUGGCGCAGAGCGAGGGCCUGAUCGACGGGGUCAGCGUCAUCCCGCUGGUUUCCAUUGUCGCCAUCACCACAGGGGUCGGCAAGCUGGUACUGGGCAUCCUGACUGACAUUAGGUGGAUCAACAGCCUGUACCUCUACGCCUUCACCGUGUUCGGUACAGGGGUAGCCCUGCUUGUCAUUCCUGUGGCCAAGAACUAUGUUGGCCUCCAGAUUCUCUCAGGGAUAGUGGGGUUCUUCUCAGGGAACUGGGCCAUAACACCCUACGUUACCACCAAGAUCAUCGGCAUCGAAGGCCUAACUCAAGCCUAUGGGAUCUUGAUGUUCUUUGGUGGUUUCGGAAUUAUGCUGGGACCUCCAGUUGUAGGUUGGUUCUAUGACUGGACGCUUUCAUAUGACCUGGCAUUCUACUUCAGUGGAACUUGUGUCUUGCUCGGAGGGAUCAGCUUCUUCCUGCUGGCUUUGCCUUGCUGGGACAAGAACAAAAAAGAAAACCCCAGACCUGACAUUGAAUAUACCAGUAGCUGUGACAAAAUCGCCUCAGUGGCUUAAGUAGUUGUCAAGAAAACAAUGAGCUGUCCUGCAAACAGUUUUGUGUAAUUUCAGCAACCACUGAAUGCAUAUUUUCCCACCUGCACAAGGCCUCUGUCUUGUUGGGAAAAUAGUAUUGAUGGUGCAUUGAAUCUGGCCUUCACUGUUUUGUGCGUUUGGUUGGAACAGGUUGGCCUAUUUGAAAAUGAAUCUGAAUCGGCAAUGUUGACUGCAGCAUCUUUUAGGCAUUACAUAUUUUCUGUCUUCAAAAUGUAUCAUUAUGGCCUUGUUUUAAGAGGCUCUAGUUAAAUUAAGUGUUAUGCUAGACAUUUGGAAUACUGAACUAUGUUUACUGUAAGAGUGCUGUGCAUUGUACAUUUCACUUGAUUUGGAGUCAUUCAUAUUUACACUGACAGAAAAUUCCUUAAAUUUUCAGUUUUAAGGUCACCCAGUUAAGAUCCAGAGAAGAACUAUUGUGAACUCUCUCGGCUUCUGUGAUGAAACAUCCUGCAGGAAUAUUAUACAGACACUGUUGAAAACUACUUAAGAGCAUUGAAUUGUGUUACCAUGCUAAUUCCAAUUCUUGUAAUUCAGCCCACAUGCCUUUGUGUUUGGAUGACAGGGAUUGGAGUGUAUGAGAAAAUGCACUUUAAUGAAAUCUGUUCAAGUACAACCGCACAAGAUUUUUUCCAAAUAUAUAUUUUUAUUUAUACAGCAUUAUGGACUUCAGACUGGUGCAUUUCCGCAGGCCAGAGUUUUGAGUCCUUCAGUACUGCCUUGCAGACUACACAUUAUGCCUAGUGAAUAAAGGUGCCUUACUUUCAGGGGCACCGUGUUUCUCUCUAACUGACUUUGAAAACUCUUUGUGCUUGAUUACAGAAAGUCAUUUGCCAUUUUCAAAAUACAUGCACUACACAAAUGGCAUGUAUGAAUCGAAGUAAUAUUAGAGUACAUUCUGGUCCAGAUGCUUUCGCUUAUGGCUAUUGAUAAUGUUGGUUUUCACAAGGCUGGUCCUAUUUCCUAGACGUCCAAGCAAUAGCCAUUUUUCUUAGCCAUUUAUACAAUGACUUAAUAUCCAGUACAUUUAAUAACACUUGUCUAGCACUGUCUAGACUGUUUUUCAGAUUUGAUUAGGAAACUAAUUUUGUAUACUCAUACAAGAUCCCAGUACCUUUAGCAAUUUUUUAUGCACUGAUUCAGGUAUUAUUAUUAUUGUUCUUAUUGUUAUUAUUAUUAUAAUAUUAUUAUUACUAUUCUUGUCAUGUCUGUUAAAAUGUUUGUCAUUUAAAAGUAAUGGUUUUAAAGUAUGAUGAAACAUUUUUAAAACUUGUUUUCCAAAAAGUUCCCUGAAGAUGCUUUAUGCUGUAAUCUUCAGUGUUUGAAGCUUCACGUUGUCUUAAGCCUUUAUGUUUUGUGUCUUUGUUGAGUUGCCUUCUGUGUUUUGUUCUUUUUUCACUUUUUUCAUUUUUCUAAGAAAAUUGGCAAUAAAGAGAACAUUACCUCUCAAA